AUGUCUCUACUCAUCCUAGAUCCCCUUUCUCUCUCUGAACAGCUUCCAGACGCCAGCGUGUCGAACGUUCAUCGGCUCCGAAUCAUAGCUCAGGUACUACACUACGACGAACAAAAAGGUGAUAUCUACGUUACACGAGUGCCACUGUUCCCGCUGUAUUUCCCUAAGGGUAUCACUGCUGCUUCCGACGAAGUCCAGGAGAUUUCACGCCAAUGGAUGAAUAACAAUUUGCACAACACCAUUAUCGACUUUGAAACCCUCAUGCAGAUGCAGCAAAACUUUCUAAAGUCCCAAAUAACUGUAAACUUGACUGCAGUACUAUCAGACAAACACUUACUGGUCGAGUGUGUUACUCCUGGCUCUGUGGUUGAGAUAGAGGCGUUGUAUGACGGGGAAGUACGCUGCAUCGACUGUUUUGAGAUCAAUAGCAGCUUGGUCGAUGCUAAUUCAACGUAUGCAACGCUCAGUAUUUUGGGUGAUUUGACAGAUAUAAGUUGA